AUGGCCGACUCGUUUCGCUCAUGUCCGCCCCCUCGGCAGGCCCGGGGGACGAAGCUUAAUCCCAUCUUGGAGGAUGUGCGCGAGACGCAGUAUCAAGACAGGACGGAUCACGUUGAUAGCUCUAGGCCCCUCGAGUCCUCUUCCAAGCGUUCCUUAAGACUGCAGACGAACAACCUCCCGUCUUCGAGGACAAGGCGCUUGUUCUCCCCCUUGUCAGCAGGAUCGGUAUCAUCCUGCUCGGAUACCGAAUGGCAGCAUCAAAUGCAGUCUUUGGACGACCUCUAUGAUGCCACCGACGAGGAAUCCGAAGCCAGUGAAGAGUGCAUGUCGUUUACGAGUACUCGCCCAACCAGCUUGACAACACCCACGACAAGAGAUUCGAUGGUAUCCACGACUAGUCGCAAUCGCUACCCAAGUCUCACGAUCCCCUCAUCAACGACGUGGCCAUCACUCCACAACGCCCCCAAGAGCUCGCCUGUGCCGCCCACUCCACCGGCAAAGAUACCGGUCUCUCCAGCAGCUCUGUCGAUACUUGGUCACGCAGUUCCGGCUGUGCAUGCCCCACCAUCGCUCGACGGGAGUGUCUCCUCGGACCAAGUAUCAAACAUCAGCGCUCCCGCUACUCCGGAUGUUCAAUCCCUCCCCGACACCGAUUGGAAUGCGCAGGAGGUUCGUGUACGUGCGGUGACGGAUGACGAACAGAAUCCCCGUGUUUCGAACCCCGACACAGACUCCGACAGCCAAAGCAUUGAGAUCGCGAUCGAAAACCCCGACGAGGAUUGGCGACAGGUCCUGGGAGAUUUCUCUUCCAUUCCCGGGAGAGGGAGAUCAGCAUCCCUCAGUAUCGGGUCAGACAUUGAACGAGAACACACUCCUUCUGACCGAGGCGUUUUUCUGCCAGACGAUGCCCUGGCAACUCUUCGACACAUUCCACUUGACGGCACGCCAGAUCCUUGGUCUGAGACCUCGGAUAGAGACGAAGAGAUGUGGCAGAUCGGUACACCAGAACGACCGCGAAGUGCAGAUGAUGCCACCCCAGCGUCGGCCCUAUCGUCGUACAGCUUCAGUGGGCUCAGUAUCCCCUCUCCUGGUGGUUUCUUCGCUUCCUUGGGCCCUCGGGCGCGCCAUACUUGGUCCAUUCCCCGGGUCAAUAGUAAUAUACCUCCGUCGUCAGCCACCGCCAUGGGAUUUUACAAUCUCCCCUUUAGCCGAGACGAGGGAGAGGUUGUCGAACACGUCGUCGAAUAUUCCGAGCCCCCUGCAGAAGAGCAAUUGACCGCUGUAUAUGCACCACAGCCUCCUUUGACGGCGAUUCGGAUACCUCCAGAUAACGAAUUUCCGCUGGCAGAGCACCCAGACAGUCCAAACAGCCCUGGCAUUGAUGCUGUUCAUGAACUCAACAGGAAGAACGUAUCGCAGGACCUUGAUGAACAAGAUGAGAAUUAUGAGAGCGAGCUGCAGAAGAAAGCCAUGGCGAGUCUGGAUCGGACCAGCGUAUGGCUAGCGGCACAAGCUUCGUAUCUCGCUGCGCUCUGCGAAACUAACCCUGUCAACACACCUGAUGACGAUACUGCUAGAGAAAUCAUCGACACAACUUCGGAGGACGACACAGGGCACAGUGUGCCUCAGGUCAGCCGCAAAAAGUCUGUCCGUUUCGCCGAGACAUUUCCCGAGGCUCCUAGCUCUCAUCCCUCAGCCUUGGCGAGUCAAGACUCGAUCUACUGGAGAGGAUUUCGAUCUGUGCGCGACCAGUCCAACCGGCGGGAUACCUUUCUGCAUCGCAACAUUCGAUUCGACGCCGUCCAGUCCAUCCGCAUCGGUCUCGUGGACAUGCACAAAAACUGCUUGCUGGGCUAUUAUGCACUCGUAUCCCCAGAGCGUCCUCCGUACAAGGGACCCUUCUCUCAGGCUCCGCGGAAUUCGGUCAUUUCAUCGGUCUUGGCAGAGAAAGCGCAAUUCUCCAUGUUGGAAAAAGAGCAAAUGGUGCUUUCUCAAAUCAGUCAGCCGUUGUGGGCCAUGGACGCCCUUAAGUAUCUCAACGGUGGGAAUCUUAUCGCAAGCCCCGCAUCGCGCUACCUCAAGCCCGUUAAGUCUAUGGAGACCCCGGGGAAUUCCGGACGUCGACUGCGGGUUUUGGACUUGGGUGGACACGCAUCCUGUGAAUGGGCGUGGCAUCUUGCACACGACUAUCCUCACGUCACCGUCUAUACUGCGUAUACCGACCAUCAAGUGGUUAAUCGCGGCAUAAAAGGACCUGUGAAUCACCGUCAAGUGCAUGUGUCCCAACUAUGGAAGCUGCCAUUCCCCAACAACAAGUUCGAUGUCAUUUCAGCUCGCUCCCUCCCGGCAUUUCUGAAGUCGGAAAUCCCUGUGGGCGAGAACCAGGAUGAAUACGACCUCUGUAUCAAGGAAUGUUACCGGUGUCUGAAGCCCGGAGGGUAUCUAGAGUUCUUCGUGAUGGACGCAGAAGUUUCCCGUGCUGGACCAUACGCUUCAGCUACGUCCAUUGAAUUUGCCUUCAACCUGAAGACGAGAGGUUACAAUCCUACGCCCACCAAGAAUUUCUUGUGUCGACUGCGCAAAGGAAACUUCAUCGAUGUCAAGCGAGCAUGGCUGUUCAUGCCCAUGGGGACUGAGCCCAUCAAGCAGGAGUUGCCGAGAGAGACACCAGAUCCCCGAGUCAAGAGCCAGAUCGAAGGAUACGAGGCUGUCCAUGGCCCUGUGGGAAGUACUAGCGAUAUUGCCAGCAUUUCUGGUCUGUUCGGCGGCUGGAUGUGGGAGCAGUGGCUUCUCAAGUUGCAGAUCGAGAUGGGCCGUGAGCCAAGCAAGUUACUCGAAAGGAUUAGUAGCGUCUUUGACGAGGGUCGCAAGAACGGUGCUGGUUGGACCUGUGUGUCUGGCUGGGCGAGGAAACCCCAGCGCAAGAAGAGAUCUCAUGGUUGCCAGAAGGCUGACCGUUAG